GAAGUGCUUCUGAUGUCCCCUCCGGCCUUUUUGUACGGUGUGGGUGACUGUCUGCAGCUCAUCGCCCUUAAGCUACACCGACCCCACACUCGUGCAAAUCGCCUCUCAGUCAAAGAUGAUCCUGUCGGCCCUGCUGUGCCGCUUCUGGCUGGGCCGCCCCCUGAGCGGCCUCCAAUGGCUGCUGCUGGUGGCCACGUCGACCAUCCUUUAUUCCUAUGUGCAGUUAGACUUUCUGGUCGACAAACUCUCGGUGGCCAAACUGGGCAAGGCCGCACAGGACAAGGCCGCACAGGCGCAGCUGAUCGGCAUUUCCCUGCUGGGACUCAGAGUGCGUAGGUCGACGUAGUGAAGGGGCCGAGAGAGUAGGGGCACUGCGUGUGUCGUGUCGGCUUGUAGGUGUUGCUGACGACGCCAGGUGGUGUGCUGUCUGACUACCUAUUUAAGACGACCAAGCGUCCAUUCUACAUACAGCUCGCGCAGACGAUGUGGUCAACGGCGGCCGCCAGCAUGGUCAUGACACUCAUCCAGUUCUGGAAGGGCGACCUCUGGUCAAAAGGCGUCUUCGGAGGUAUGGACUUGCGACCGGAUUGAGACGUGGAGACAUGUACUGAAUGCAUUGUAGUGCAUUACACGUGUGUCUUCAUGCCAUGCAGGAAUUGACUGCGGCGGUGUGGAGCCGUGCGGCUGGAGCGGCCGCGUGAUUUUCCUCACCGCAUGGUGGGCUGGUUGAUGGAUAAAGGCGCAGAGACACACAGAUGUCUCCCUGACCGUGAAUAUUGGUUGGAGGAUGGAUGGAUGCAUGGCUGGACGGAUGUCUGCAGGUAUGCGCUGCGCACGUCGGUGAACUGUCUGCUGCUGAAGCGGCUGGAUGCGGUGUGGAAGGGCAUCGCCGACACCGUGGCGACCCUCUUCGUCUUCAUCUACGCCGUCACCAUCUUCGGCGAGAAACCCGGACCGGCAGUCGACCUCAAAGUCAGUGCGUGAUCGACUGAGCGAGAAGACACACACACACACACACACACAGAGAGAGAGAGAGAGAGAUGCAAUACACCUGCGCCUGUCUUUGUGUGGCCAAGGUUGCGUUGAUUUUGGGUAUCAUCAUUGUGGUGAUUGCCUAUGUGCUGACCAAAGUCAAUGUCCCCAAGAAGGAGGAAAGCCAGCAGCAGCAGCAGCAGCAGCAGCAAGAGGCCAAGAAGGAGUGAAGCAGUUCACCCACAU